AUGGCUAAGCUACUGGCAGAAAGACUUAAGAGGGUGGUGAGCAAAUUGGUCAAUAAAAAUCAGAUGGCUUUCAUAAAAGGGAGACAGAUCAUGGAUGCUGCAUUGAUAGCAAGCGAGUGCAUAGAUUCAAGAAUGAAAGGUGGAGUUGCGGGUAUAUUAUGCAAGUUAGACAUCCAGAAAGCAUAUGACCAUGUAAAUUGGGCAUUCUUACUGAAUGUUUUGAGACAAAUGGGCUUUGGCAGUAAGUGGCUAAAAUGGAUAGAAGUGUGCAUUAAAACAGUCAAGUUCUCAAUACUAGUAAAUGGUGAACCUGUUGGCUUCUUUGCAUCAGAAAGGGGGCUGCGACAAGGUGAUCCACUGUCACCUUUUCUCUUUAUUCUAGCAAUGGAAGGUUUUGACAGUAUGAUGAGAAUAACUACACAGAACAGGUGGAUUAAGGGCUUCCAAAUAGGAGACAGAAUAGGGAAUGGAAAGGAGAUCAGCCAUUUGUUAUAUGCAGAUGAUACUAUCAUCCUUUGUGAGCCAGAAGCCGAAUAG